UGCUACCUCACAGUGUCUAUCGAAAUGAGAUUUCACAAUUCAGGUCACCUGUUCCUUAAAGGGUGUAUUUAAUUUCUCAUGAUUACUCAAGAGAGUAUAUAGCAUAGAUCGUUCGGUGAGACGAGGACACGUACAAAAUAGACAGGAAAUGAAGAUGUUACACGUAUUCGUUAUUGGAAUGGUUACUUAUGUUUGCUGGCUUUUUAUUUGGCUCUUCCCAGAAGAUGAGAUUCCUGAAAUCAAAUUGAGUCAGUGCAACCUUGAAUCUUGGUAUCAGCAAUAUAAACCGCAGUCUGUGUCUCAGCUCUAUGCUUCGCGUCUCACUUCUUACGCAAAUUGGAAAUAUUUUUCUGAAAGAGCAAAAGCAUUAAAAAGUACAUCAAUCUUUCUCAGAAAACGACCAAAAGGGUCAUUCAUCCCCAAAAUGUAUUACGAUGAUCCUAUACCAUAUGAACAUAAUUUCAAAAGGCUUAUUAAUGAACCCAAUCUCUGUUCACAACAUGGCAGAAUAUUUAUUAUCUACGCUAUUAUCACUAUGUACAGCCAUUUUGAUCGGCGGGAAAUAUUAAGAAAAUCUUUUGAAAAUAUUCCAAGCGACUCUUGUGCGAGAGGAGUCGUUAUUAAACACGUUUUUCUUUUCGCCAAGACAGGUAAUUCUACAAUCGAAUCCCUCAUUCAAAAGGAGAGCGAAAUAUAUCAUGAUAUCCUCCAGGAAGAUUUCAAGGAAUCAUACAUGAAUGUCUCUAUUAAAGCAAUUAUGGCGUGGAAAUGGGUUCGGGAGUUCUGUGCCAAUGCCGAAUAUGUUGCGAUGUUGAAUGAUGAGUCGUUGGUAGAUCACGGCAGACUUGUCUCGUGGCUUGGCACGGAUUUCUCUAAAGGCGCUCGUGAAGACCACUUUGCGCUUUGUUAUCCUGUUGGUCUGGCACGAGCCCACCAUCUUGAUAUGGAGCGGUUUCGUAUGUUAGAACCCCAAAAAUUAUAUCAAGGAAAAUUCUAUCCCCGGUAUUGCCACGGCUUCGCUUAUGUUGCACACAUCAAAGUAUUCAACAAACUUUAUCUGUCAGCCUUGAAGAAUACUCAUUUUAUGCCGACUGAUGUCUGGAUUGGUAUACUAACAGAAAAGCUAAAUCUUAGAGUACUGUUUCAUCAAAAACAAUUUAAGCUCUACAAAGUUUUGGAACAUUAUCAACCUCAAAUAUAUUCAAAGUCUCCGGCCAUUGUUGCAGUAUGUGAUAUAGAGGAUGACAAAUUCAAAACAAUCGAUCUUAUGCAGCAAGUUUAUAAAGUGAUUUCACAAGAAAUACAAUAGAACUGAUAAUAAUUGGUUUAAAUAAACAUGGUCUAACGGCUCUUAUUAUUAUUGGGAUGAAAACAUGAGGUAUUCUAACUCGACCAAACUUUUGGCAUUUUAACGAAAUUUUCAUGUCUAAAUAAAUGUGAGAUUUAUUAUUAUUA